AUGGCACGCGAAUAUCCCCGCAGAAACAACACAAUCGAGUGCUCGGGUGCGGCUGUUGUGCCUGAAAAGGCAGCCCAGGUAUUGAACUCCGAGGACACAGAUAUUCCACUCAACCAGAAGCACGAUUCUGGCGCUGUGGUGUUCUUGUUCCCUCCAAAUGGACAUCUUCCAUGGUCACUCUCCACUACGUGGCUUGCCUGUAAAAUGUGGAUUCUGGAAAUGUUUAAGCCAGUCAAAGACAACUCUUGCAAGGACGAGCGAGUGGAUAAACUUAUGGCGAGACACACCUCCGGAAAAAAGGCCCUGCAGGCACGGUAUCCCAAGUUGUGGUAUCUCGAGGUAAUCGCUGUCCAUCCGUCGUUACAGUCCCGCGGUCUGGGGGGUGCCGUGAUGAGGGCCAUCCUCGAGCAAGUUGCAGGAAAUCCAAUUUUCCUGGAGUGCACCCGGCAGGAGAAUAUCGGCUUCUAUGAAGGGUUCGGUUUCAAGACAAUAGAGGAGGUGGAGCUCACAGAUAAUCCAGCGCACGCCAAUGAGGAUGGGAAACUCAAGUAUUGGGUGAUGGUGCGAGAGACAGAUAGCACAUAGUGAG